AUGUCUGGUGCAGUAAAGAAGCGGCGUAUCUGUGUGCUUGGCUCCCGUUCAGUCGGCAAGUCGGCACUGGUCGUUCAAUAUGUCGAAGGCCACUUCAUUGAACCGUACUUUCCCACCAUCGAGAGCAUUGUCUUCAAGAAUGUCACUUGGAACGGGGAGAACUACGAGUUUGAAAUCAUUGACACCGCUGGUCAAGAUGAAUACAGCAUGCUGUCUUCUCGCCAUGCCAUCGGUAUUCACGGCUUCAUCCUUGUUUAUUCGGUCGCCAGUCGCCCAAGCUUCGAUAUGAUUCGAGCAGUCCAUGAUAAGAUCCUCAACUAUCAUGGUGUUAGUCAAGUGCCUUGCGUCAUUGUAGGGCAAAAAUCGGAUCUUCCAGAAAAGAAGCUUGCUCCACGACAAGUAACACCGCAAGAGGGCCAGACGCUUGCGAAAGAAUUGCACGCUGCUUGGAUCGAAACGUCUGCUUCAUCGAAUAUUAACGUCUCCAAAGUCUUCGAUCUUCUUCUACAGGAGGUGGAACAACAGUACGGCGCCAAACCAGAGAAAGCAACAGCGCCGGAGAAUAAGUGUGUGGUUAUGUGAUAUGCUCACGGACUUUCUUGUAUUCCAAAAACUUUCCGUAACUGUAGAUGACGGAGUGUGGCUGCAACGCGUAUGCCCCGUUUACAUUAGUUUAUGUAGUAAUAUACCCAUGACCGG